GCGAACAGCAAAAAAUCCGAUACAAUGACUGUACAUCAGAUUCACCCAGCGCAGAAACGCGCUUUAUUUGAGUAUAUUUCGCAUUUUUUUUAACAUGCCACCGAAGGAAAAACAUGCAGCUAAACCGAAAGACGGUCAUACAGAUAAAACCGCGGAUAAUCCAAUAGCGGUCUUAACCGAACAGAAUGCAGCGAAUGCGUCCCCUGCUUCAGUUCGAUCAUCCGCAGCAGAUGAGCACAUAACCCCUGAAGUAUCACAAAACGAAGUUUUCGAAACGGUGAAAACCAAACUCGACACCCUGAUCGAGGAAAUUAAGGCCACGGAAAUACGGCGACCUUUACGGAGCACCCGCGUUCCCGUGGUGCACGGCCUGGAACCAUUCUAUAAGCCCUGUGAGCGGGAACCAGGUUUAGUCGUAUGGAAGCACCUACCAUUUCCUGCCGUGGAGAAGCUCCAUGCAGCAAGCAACGUGAAGGAAAUACGAAGUGUUUUAGGUGAGCAUUUCGCUUUGCUGGAUGACGAUGCGCAUCCACAGGAUGCUAUCGUGCUGGAUCUGUACUGUCAGGUGAUUCGAUACGCCACACAGAAGAAGUUCGAUUUUGCCCAGACUUCAUCGAUAUUUGGGAUCGUACAGGAAAUGCACGAGAAAACGUUAGAAACCCCGGUCGAUAAUCUCGUGGAAUGUUUGGAAUACAUGGACAAUUUAUUUUGCCUUCAUGUAAUUAAGCGUCCACCGUGGUCCGCAAGGAUCUUCUCCGAAGAGCAAGCCAAGGACGCCCGGCAGUUUGUCAUCCGCAAUUACAUCCGCUACUUCCAUAUGUACAAACACGUUUUUACGCCAACGGUCAUUAUGGAUCUGUCAAUUGAUUACCAGCGAAGGGAAGAACCACGCUUUCCACCGGAAGAAUUCGAAGCUCUUUCGUUUGACAAAAUCACAAUGAUGAAUCCUGUAACAAACGCGCCGAUGACCUUACAAGAGGUUCUGCAGGACAUCGAUAUGGAGAAUCAGGUACCCACCGCAGUUGCACCCGUCAGCAAAGCAGCGCCAAACGACGUGGAGAAAGUGGAACGCGUUGACGACAAAGUGUCUCCGACAACGGAAGAUGCGGCGACCAAGUCGCCACACCUGGCCGAACUGGAAAAGGUCAUCGCCGCCCAGGUUGAUGUGGAAUUGAAACACCUUCGCGAACGCCUCGGUUCACAACUGCAAAAAGUCGAUGAAAUUUUGAUUAAAACAUUGGGAGCUGAUGCGGUAGGGACGGCGCUCGCCAACGAUCCCUUUGCGUACCGGGAGCCGGCGCCACCGGAACCGGAAGCCAAGAAAGGAAAAAAGAAAACCAAGUAGAUCUAUUUAUCGUUCGUUAAUUAUAUUUACUUCACUUCUUUCCUGGUAUUUGACAAUAAUAUUCGGCCUUUUUUCACGGCACAGUCAUUAUUCUUGUAAAAACCAAUAACAGAAAAUACAGGG